CAGUGGAAUGGAGGUGAGGGGGGUUAAGAGUAGUUUUUGCGAGUGUGUAUGGAGAAGCAGGAGGGAAAGAGUGUUUGGAUUGGAAGAGAAGGAAGGAGAUAAUUACAUUGUGCUUGGUUAGAAGUUGUUCCCAAGCCAGGUCCUAGGGGAGGCAGUGGAAAAUCACCUGUCUCUCUGUCCUCCCUGUGCCGGCUUGCCAUAUGGUAUCACAGCAAGCUAGACUGGUUUGGGUUAAGCGCUAACCUGAUUGUACAAGUGUAGCUGUCCAGAGUUGGCUAACUGAAAAGUUGUAAAGAAAUUGCUUUGAAAAUGACGAAUUCUCAUUUUUCUUUUUUGGGGCCAGUAUGAUGUCUUAUUUUUAACCUCGGGGGGGAGAGGCAGUCAGAAACCUUAUGUCAAGUGAAAAGAUUAUGAUUUAACCACAGAUAUUCUCAGCCCCUCACUCUCUUGUAGGGUCACAGGGCUAUAAUCUCUGGAGGGGGGGAGGCGAGAAGUACACCUUUAGGCUAGUGUGAUUGUAUGUACACAGCUUAAAGGCUUUUGUCCAUGGUGUCCAUUUAGUAUGUGUCCAGAUUGGAUGGAAAUCCUAAGAAUAAACUUCAUGGCCAUCUGUACUCUUCAUAUUGUCUCUCAAAAAUGUGGGAUAUACAUUUUUAAAAAGAAUGCAGGCAUUUUUCAAGGACUCUGCUAAUUUGCAUAGCUGUUCACAUAAGGUCCAUUUGUCUUGGGAGAGUUGUAUUUUCUUUCUUUAGAAAAUAAUGAAUGUGAUAAAUCUAAUUCAUGGUGGGGAUUUACUAUAGAUCUCCGAGUAGGGUCAGCUAUAUUAUUAGAUGAUUUAGUAGGGCUCAAAUUGAUUGUGUGUGUGUGUGCCGCGCGCGCAUGUGUGUAUGUGUACACACAAGAAAUCCAUGUCUUCACUCUAAAUACUGAUGAAAUGAUAUGUUGGUCUCCAGAAGGAGACUCUGGAAGGGUAGUAAAAUGAGUAAAAAUUGGGAUGGGAUUUUUCUAUCCUAUGAGAAUCGGUAGCACAGUAAUGAUGAAAGUAAGAGUUGAGGAAUAAUUUUUAAUUUUUAGUACAGUAUAGUACUCUCAGAAUUGUAAUGAAUAAGUCGUCUGUGUUUGGAGAGGCAUAUUAAAUUACCCAAGCUUGUUCCAUUUUAUUACUUCAGUCCUCAUUAAGUGUUGACAAUUGUUUACUCUGUUAAUACUUACUUUCAUGCCUGUUUUAAUUAUUUUAGGGGGAGGGAGGGUCCAUUAAAAUCCUAUUCAGCUUUAAAAUAAUUCAAAGAGAAGGAAAGGUUUUCUGUACAUUAUAAAAAUGUAUUCAGGUAGUGGUACCUUUUAAGGUCUCUGGGCAUAAAACAUGCAAGUGAAUUAAAUCAGAAUAAAACGUGUAUCUUUCAGUAUUUAGAAUUCUUGGUCUUAUAGAAAUUAUUUUGCUACUUAAGGAACAUAAAAUCUACCCUAAGUGUAGGAUUUUGAUGUUUUUUAAUAAGAUUCUGAAACCAAGAAAUGACCUGACUGUAUCUGUAAACCCAGAUGCACUAGGGAAAGAAGGGGGGUAGGGGGGGAGAAGAAAGGAGGAAAAAAAAAAGCUACGUGCUGCAGCAUAUCAGCUUUUGUCAACCUGCCAACAGUGGAACGUACCAUGCUGCAAGGAGUCAUAAAAAUGAAUUAGAAAACUCUAUGCUAGGAGAGAACAGUCCUAUUAAACACCUUUUUGAGUAGAUGAGCAUGCAUACAUUGCGGUACUGUUAAAUGUACGGUCUCCCUGAGAUUGAAAUAGUGUUAAGAUUAGUAGAGAACAAAAAUGAUGAAGCAGGAGGGGUCUGGUGACAUUAUUCUGACUUGAUUGGCUGGAGUGUAUGAUGUAAUAGGUUACAGUGCAGCCCCUUAUAGGUUUUAAAAUGAAUUCCAAGACACCAUUACAAAGAGAGCCUGACUCUUUUCUUAUAACUGAGCUUAACCAGGGAAACUCUUAUCCAAAUGUACAACACUGUUUGGAAUAUGGAAGACCUGGAGAUAGACUGUUCUAAGACAGAUAUACAUUGUGGCACAGACUUGAUGUUUUACAUAGAAAUGGAUCCUCCAGCACUGCCUCCUAAGCCACCCAAACCCACUACUGUAACAGCUAACAACGGUAUGAAUAACAAUAUGUCCUUACAAGAUGCCGAAUGGUACUGGGGAGACAUCUCAAGGGAAGAAGUCAAUGAAAAGCUGCGUGAUACAGCAGAUGGCACCUUUUUGGUACGAGAUGCAUCCACCAAAAUGCAUGGGGACUAUACUCUUACACUUAGGAAAGGAGGAAAUAACAAAUUAAUCAAAAUAUUUCACCGAGAUGGGAAAUAUGGCUUCUCUGACCCAUUGACUUUCAACUCUGUGGUUGAACUGAUAAACCACUACCGGAAUGAAUCUCUAGCUCAGUAUAAUCCUAAACUGGAUGUGAAAUUACUUUAUCCAGUUUCCAAGUACCAACAGGAUCAAGUUGUAAAAGAGGAUAGUAUUGAAGCUGUAGGAAAGAAAUUACAUGAAUAUAACACUCAAUUCCAAGAAAAAAGCAGAGAAUAUGACAGACUAUAUGAAGAUUAUACCCGUACAUCUCAGGAAAUCCAAAUGAAAAGAACAGCAAUUGAAGCAUUUAAUGAAACAAUAAAGAUAUUUGAAGAACAAUGCCAAACCCAGGAACGGUACAGCAAAGAAUAUAUAGAAAAGUUUAAACGUGAAGGAAAUGAAAAAGAAAUACAAAGGAUUAUGCAUAAUUAUGAAAAGUUAAAGUCUCGAAUCAGUGAAAUCGUGGACAGUAGACGAAGGUUGGAGGAGGAUUUGAAAAAGCAAGCAGCCGAGUAUCGAGAGAUUGACAAGCGGAUGAACAGCAUCAAGCCAGAUCUCAUUCAGUUGAGGAAGACAAGGGACCAAUACUUGAUGUGGUUGACUCAAAAAGGUGUCCGACAAAAGAAGUUGAAUGAAUGGCUGGGCAACGAAAAUACGGAAGACCAAUAUUCAAUGGUGGAAGAUGACGAGGAUUUGCCGCACCAUGACGAGAGGACAUGGAAUGUGGGAAGCAGCAACAGAAGCAAAGCAGAGAACCUCUUGCGGGGCAAACGAGAUGGCACUUUCCUGGUUCGAGAGAGCAGCAAACAGGGUUGCUUUGCUUGCUCUGUAGUGGUGGAUGGUGAAGUAAAGCACUGUGUGAUAAACAAAACCCCAACGGGGUAUGGAUUUGCAGAGCCAUAUAACUUGUACAACUCUUUGAAAGAGCUGGUGCUACAUUACCAACACACGUCCCUUGUCCAGCACAACGACUCUCUCAAUGUCACCCUAGCCUACCCAGUCAAUGCACAGCAGAGGCGAUGAAGAGCUCGUACUGUCUCUUUACCUAAAAAGUUCUACGAUGUUGAGGCCUCUGGAAAGCCAAGGGCUCCCCCCAGCCCCCCUCAGCCUAACCUGUGAUUUUGAGCUGCAGAAACAAAGCUGUCUGUCUUCAGAUAGGACUAGAGCUUUCUUCGGGGGAGGGAAAAAAGGAUGCGGGGGGAGAACGCAGCCUUGAGCUGCGGCCGUUCGUUUCUAAUCCGGAGUGGGUUUUUUGUUUUGGUUUUUGUUUUAAUUUAAAAAACCCGAAGAGGAAAAAAAUGAUAAAUCUCUGCCUGCAGGGACAUAGAGGCCUUUAACUAACAUGGUGCUUGUUUACGCUUUCUGAAGCUUUACCAGCCUGACGUUUGGACUGUGUGGACCGAGGGGCAGGCAGGGCUCGGCAGCCCUGCUUUGAGAAUUGAUCAGCCUGGACUGGAUUUUGGCAGGUCACUGUGCUCAGUGGACCCAGACACACACAGCACUGUGGAUGAUUUCAUUUUUCUGAUGAAUGAAUGAACAGGCGAACGAAUGAAUAUGUAGCAGAAAGACACUUCCACUUCUAAGGAACACUUUAAAAGGGACACUUUAAGAGAACUUCAGUUCACAUCUGUUCAGAGGAAUUGCUUAUAGUAGCCAAGUGCCAGGAAGUGUUUUGUUUAGACUUUAAAACAAAACAAAAAAAAGGAAGAAAAAAUACACCACCAACAAACCACCCAGUUUUGAGAAAUUGAGCUUCGAGAACAUGACUUUAAAUGAAAUACAGUAUAUAUAAAAUAUGUACAUAAUAUCAGAUGACUAACUAUCGAAUAGAUGGCUCCUAUCAAAACCAAACAGCUUCUCUUUUCUUUUGUUUUGCUGAAAGCUAAAUCCUUAGUGCUAUGCAAUUCUUCGUUUUCAUUAAGUUGUAUUUCAAUUUUAAAUGUACCUUCAGAAUAAGCUCUUCUGGGUUUUGUUGUUUGAAAAUGUUGUUUCCUCUGAUUUUUUUAUUAAUAUUCAUUUUGUUAUUUUUUUUUAAAGAAAGAAAUGUACAGGUUGCCAGUAAAAAUUGGCUUCAGAAUUAAAACUAUGAAAUAUUUUACAAUUUCCCUUGUACAGAAUACUUGGCUGUUAGCCCAAGGUUAAAAAGUUCAUAACAGAUUUUUGGACUAAAUGUUUUGUUGGGCAGUGCCUGAUAAGCUUCAAAGCUGCUUUAUUCAAUAAAAAAAAUAUAUGAAUAUUACAAAGUAUCAUUGAAGUCCAACAAUAUUGUUUUAAGAUUCUUAAAAAUACGGUACCUGGCAAUGUUUAUUUGAAAAAAACAUUGUAAGCUUCUUGUAUUGGGGUGGGUGGGGGUGGGUGGGUGGGGUGGACAAAAGAAGGAAGAUGGGAGAAAAGGAAAGAGUGGUUUGCACCUUCUCCUUCCCUUAAUGAUUGCAGAGUUUCAAGUGAUGUAAUUUGUUUCAGUCUUUUCCAAACCCUUUUGAUUUAUGAACUCACAGCCAGUUAAGUGAUAGUCUAAUUGACCACUGUAACUCUUUAAACCUCAACUAGCUGGUCAGAUAUUUCAGUUUUUAGGAAGGAAGUUUCGUUGAGUAUGUUUUUCUGUUAUUCAUAGAAAAGUACCUAAGUUUGUUUGGACACCUAUUUAUGGUCAAUUAAAAGUGAGCCUUUGUGAUUUAGAAGACUAUGAUUGUUUAAAAAGUUAGGAUUCCCAUUUUCUAAAACAAUUUUAUAAGGGAAGACAGGUUCUGAAAAGCAUCUUGAUUGUGGCAGCACCAAGUAUAUUCCAGCUGACCAAGAACCAAAGAUGUGUCAUCAUCAUCACCACCCACGCUGCAUCAGUGGUUUGACCAUUCCCAGAAAUCGUGUUCCUACCCCUUUUCUGUUCAUCCAGAUAAGUGUGUCUUUCUUUAUAGUAGGAGGGCAUAGGAAUUAGUCUAGGAGAGUAAUCCUUCCAGUUUUAGGGUAGGCAGAGGUACGUUUUCCUUAAUUUACAUAUGCAAAAUUAAUUUUGAUUGAUAGGAUUUGUAUAUGUACUGAAAGGAAUAAAUGCUAGUGGAAUUCUGGUCACUGUCCAAACUAAUUAACACAGGAGUCUGGAGACAUCGUUUUAACUUAGGAAAUGCUGUUAAGAGAUUGGUUUAAUUCACCUACACUUCAUUUGCCUCUCCACUUCUGCUGCUGUGAAGAUUAUUUUAGUUGCUUUUUGUAACCAGCAAUUGACUUUAUUUUCUGCGGAAUGUCUUAUCUCUCUCAAACUGAAAUCUUCACAUGUUUUAAGACGAAAGUUCAUUCUUAUGUCCAGACUGUCGGUUCAAAAGCUUGAGUAAAUUUUUCUGAGCUGCACAAGACUAUCGAUCAUCUUCCUCUCUUAUCGAGACAGAUCAGAAUUCAUCUGGACUAAAGUCUUUAACAGUAUUUCUUUUAUGAUCAGUUUGGGGGAGAUAGGGUUGGGUCAUGCCUCAAGUGGCACAAAAGUAUAACAAUUAGCGUUAUAUAGUUAACUAGCUUUCAUUGUAAUCCAGAUGUAGCAAGUUAAAUUUCACAUUGUUUCAAGAAAUAAAGACAAAUCAGUGAUGAAUUAUGUUUCGUAGGCAAACGCACAGAAGCAGAAUUGCUGUUUUUACUUAUAAGCAUUUUCCUCAAUAUAAUACCAAUAUAAAUGUUGGUAUUCCAACAUUUGCUAUCCUUGUAGCCAACAAGCACAUUUGCAGAAGUUAUUUUUUUCAUUAAAUAAUGAGGCAGAAUUCAUAGCCACAUAUCAUAGCAAGUUAUGCCAUAAACAUGGUACUGCAGCUCUACCAAAUGCCUCUGUGAUUGCUGAGUAGCAUGCCCAUCAUAGUUGUACUUCCAGACAUUUUACCAGCAUUCUGUAGUGUCCUUCAGGUUAAAUCCAACAGUCAAUGCUCACAGUCCUAAUGAAGCUUCCUGUAGACAUUAAUGGAUGAUACGUAUAUUAGAGCUACUUCUCAGAACUGUUUUAUCCACCCAGUUUUUCUCAUCUAUGUGACAUCCCAAAAAAGAAAAGUCAGAAACUAAGCUGCAAAGAUGCUGUUCCAGGGCUGUAGGAAAUGGGAGCAUUGCUUCUCAGUCUCAUUCCAUGGGAAGGAAGGAGAGAUCAUAAGUACAUGUAAAAACAAAAAAGCAUGUUUUUGAAUCAUCUUACGACUUAGACUCACGACCCUUAUAUAUAGAUAUAUAUAGUGUUAUAUAGAUAUAUUCACAUGUGCAUGGACUGUGUUUUCAAUGCACCUUUCAACAAAAAACAGAUACACAAUCAUUUACUUCAUUCAAGCACAUAACCAUCCAAACUUCUAAGAACAAUUUUUUGUGUAUGUGUGUUUUUUAAAGGUUGUGUUCGUUUCGUUUUGUAAUGGUGAAAACUGUUUGCAAGUGAAGUGAGAAGUACAGUAAUUUUAUGGCUUUUUUUUUCCCCCUUUUGGAAAAAAAGUAACUCCUUGCAGACUGGUCUGGAUGACUCUUAGCGGAGAAAUCUUCGUCCAAGUGUGUAGAGUCCAAAUGUGUCAUUGUGAGUGCUGUGGGGAAUCAGUGGCUUUGUUUUGUAGCUGGUUAUGAGUUAUUGUGCUUGGGAUGUCCUACUGAUGUUCCUCCUUGGGAGGAGCUCACUGCUGGUUGUAACAACUAUGCUUCUGUUCUGCAUGGUAUCCAAGUCAGUUAGGAAGUAGACCCUGGUAGCUGUGUAGGUUUGGGGUCAUUUAAAGAGAGGGGCAGUUCAAAGCACAAUGCCUCCCAUGGGACAAAGUUCCAAAAUGCCAAAAUUUUCUGAAGAUAAAACUUCUGGCGGUUGCGGGUUGGGGUAGAAGAUGGGGAGGAGGGAGUUGUUAUCCUAGGUGAGGAGGGGGAUAGGGCCAAUUGGAAAGAAUAUCCAUAUUACUGUUACACUUGUCACCAUGAGAGAGAGCAUUGGCUGCCCGGGAUGCUGCUAUUUAAUUUUUUUAAGAAAAAAAUUAAAAUUCAUUUUUCUUGUUAUUUUGCAAAGCUUUGUUCAAUGUUUUUACAAAAAAAUAUAUUGUUAAAAUAAAGUUGGUCUUUGACGAGAGGGAGGAUAUGAUGGUCAGUUGUAAUUUUGCCUUUACAAGGCAAUGGGGGGGUGGUGCUGGGGAAGUGUACCUCCUUGAAAUUUUGUUCAAACUCUUAAGAUUUGAUGGCUCUGUGUCUUGUUUUAAGUUGCUUUGAUGCAUUGUAUUAGGUCUUCAAAAAGAAUAAAGAUUGUUUUGAAACUUAAA